AUGAACUUAGUCGCUCUUAUUCCCUUUCUCUCACUAGCCCUGUGCUCGACCCCAGAUAGUGCAACUCCAGCAAGUGACGUACCCACCACAUCAUCUGAUGGAGUAGGGUCUUUGGCGCUUGCAACACCCAACUAUGCUGCAUCAGGAAGUUCCACAGCGAUCAACACCAUUUACGCACUUGUGUUACUGGUGGCCAUAGCCGUCAUCAACACCCCACGAAAGUCGUUAGAGCAGACACAGUACUCUGUCACAGCAGUUCUGGGUGGCUACUUCAGUGUGUCACACAUUUUGCAAUCCAUUGGAAUAACAUCCAAUACCACUAUGCACAUAGUGGCUGCAGUAGUUGGUGUUGUUGCAGCUGUCAUGGCCUAUAACAAGGAGCUUAGGUCCCUGCUCUUUGGCUUAAUCUCGGCCUAUGCAACGACAUACUUCGUCGUUUUGAUUGUAAGAUUAGAAUCGACUCUCUAUGCCGGCAUCCUAGGUGUGGUUCUCUUCUUUGUAUAUAUUAUCCUUGGAAGAAUGAGAGAGGAUAGCAGGCUUCUUGUUUCAAUGGCAAAGGCAGAUGUGUCCAGUCUUGGUUUUGCCGCCUUUGUGAAUGUCUGGGGGGUUCUCGACCUGUUUGGAGGAAUGCAUGGGUUAAAUGCAAACGAAGGAUUAUUCUCUGGAUUCAUUAUUGGAGGCAUCAUCAUUCUUAUGGUUUUCACCAUUGUGUUUGUGAUGAACUACUUCCAGGAAUGGACCGAGGAAAAGAUAAACGGCUAG